AUGGCCGUGCCGCCGCUCCGCCGGGCGCUGCUGCUGUGGCAGCUGCUGGCGGCGGGCGGCGCGGCGCUGGAGAUCGGCCGUUUCGACCCGGAGCGCGGGCGCGGGCCGGCGCCCUGCCAGGCGGUGGAGAUCCCCAUGUGCCGCGGCAUCGGCUACAACCUGACCCGCAUGCCCAACCUGCUGGGCCACACGUCGCAGGGCGAGGCGGCCGCGGAGCUGGCCGAGUUUGCGCCGCUCGUGCAGUACGGCUGCCACAGCCACCUGCGCUUCUUCCUGUGCUCGCUGUACGCGCCCAUGUGCACCGACCAGGUCUCGACGCCCAUCCCCGCCUGCCGGCCCAUGUGCGAGCAGGCGCGCCUGCGCUGCGCGCCCAUCAUGGAGCAGUUCAACUUCGGCUGGCCCGACUCGCUGGACUGCGCCCGGCUGCCCACGCGCAACGACCCGCACGCGCUCUGCAUGGAGGCGCCCGAGAACGCCACGGCGGGCCCCGCCGAGCCCCACAAGGGCCUGGGCAUGCUGCCCGUGGCGCCCCGGCCCGCGCGGCCCCCCGGCGACCCCGCCUCGGGCCCGGGGGGAGGCGGCGGCGGCGGCGGCGGCGGCGGCACCUGCGAGAACCCGGAGAAGUUCCAGUACGUGGAGAAGAGCCGCUCGUGCGCGCCGCGCUGCGGGCCGGGCGUCGAGGUGUUCUGGUCGCGGCGCGACAAGGACUUCGCGCUCGUCUGGAUGGCCGUGUGGUCGGCGCUGUGCUUCUUCUCCACGGCCUUCACCGUGCUCACCUUCCUGCUGGAGCCCCACCGCUUCCAGUACCCCGAGCGCCCCAUCAUCUUCCUGUCCAUGUGCUACAACGUCUACUCGCUGGCCUUCCUCAUCCGCGCGGUGGCGGGCGCCCAGAGCGUGGCCUGCGACCAGGAGGCGGGCGCGCUCUACGUGAUCCAGGAGGGGCUGGAGAACACGGGCUGCACCCUCGUCUUCCUGCUGCUCUACUACUUCGGCAUGGCCAGCUCGCUGUGGUGGGUGGUGCUGACCCUCACCUGGUUCCUGGCGGCCGGCAAGAAGUGGGGCCACGAGGCCAUCGAGGCCCAUGGCAGCUACUUCCACAUGGCGGCCUGGGGCCUGCCGGCCCUCAAGACCAUCGUCAUCCUGACGCUGCGCAAGGUGGCCGGGGACGAGCUCACGGGGCUCUGCUACGUGGCCAGCAUGGAUGCGGCUGCACUGACCGGCUUCGUGCUGGUGCCCCUCUCCUGCUACCUGGUGCUGGGCACCAGCUUCCUCCUGACGGGCUUCGUGGCCCUCUUCCACAUCCGCAAGAUCAUGAAGACAGGUGGCACCAACACGGAGAAGCUGGAGAAGCUCAUGGUCAAGAUUGGGGUCUUCUCCAUCCUCUACACGGUGCCUGCCACCUGCGUCAUCGUGUGCUACGUCUAUGAACGCCUCAACAUGGACUUCUGGCGCCUUCGGGCCACAGAGCAGCCCUGCUCGGCAGCCAGCAUGCCCGGGGGCCGGAGGGACUGCUCGCUGCCGGGGGGCUCGGUGCCCACCGUGGCUGUCUUUAUGCUCAAAAUCUUCAUGUCGCUGGUGGUGGGCAUCACCAGCGGCGUCUGGGUAUGGAGCUCCAAGACUUUCCAGACCUGGCAGAGCCUGUGCCACCGCAAGAUGGGAGCUGGCCGGGCCCGGGCAAAGGCCUGCCGGGCGCCCGGGGGCUACGGCCGUGGCACCCACUGCCACUACAAGGCCCCCACCGUGGUCUUGCACAUGACUAAGACGGACCCUUCUCUGGAGAACCCCACGCACCUCUAG